CAUCCUUUCUUUCCAUCUCUACCUUUGUUAUCCAUCUUUCUCUAUUUUCUAACCAACGACAACAAUGACAAACCAUCAUCAAGAGUACUUAACCACUUACCCUAAACCGGGUCCAACUUAAGAACAAGAAAAAGUUGACGAAGAAAUGAUGAGCUUGCAAAUGCAAGCGUUGGGGAUCACGAACUCAUUGGCUUUUCCCAUGGUUUUCAAAGCUGCUUUGGAGCUUGGCGUCCUCGACACGAUUGUUGCCAUUGACGACGGCGUAUGGCUCUCGUCUUCGGAGAUAGCUUUUGGUCUCCCUACCAAACCCACCAACCCAGAGGCGCCAAUUUUGCUAGACCGUAUGUUACGGUUACUCGUCGGCCACUCGAUCUUGAAAUGUCGUAUAGUUGAAACGGGAGAAAACGAUCUAACCGGAAAGACCCAAAGGGUAUAUGCAGCCGAACCGGUUUGCACGUUUUUCUUAAACCGUGGAGUCAAGUCGGGUUCUCUCACGUCCCUAUUCAUGUUGCUCCAAAGCCAAGUCUUUUUCAAAACUUGGACACAUCUGAAGGAUGUGAUAUUACAAGAAGAAAAAGAUGCAUUCAGCUCUGCCCAUGACAUGAGACUCUUUGAAUACAUUGGGUUGGACGAACAAUUCGCUGUUGAUAUUGGAGGAGGACUUGGCACCAUUCUAAAUCUUGUCACUUCCAAGUAUCCUCAAAUUAAGGGUAUCAAUUUCGAUUUAGCCACGGUAUUAGCUAAUGCUCCAUUUUAUCCAGGAGUGGAGCAUGUAUCGGGAGAUAUGUUUAUAGGAGUUCCAAAAGAAGAUGCAAUCUUCAUGAAAGAAAAGGGAAAAGUGAUAAUAGUAGACAUGGUUACACCAUCAGAACCAAAGAGUGACGACCUUUUCUCUAACAUCGUCUUUGGUAUGGACAUGUUGAUGUUAACACAAUGUUCGGGUGGUAAAGAGAGGUCUUUUUCUCAGUUUGAAGCUUUAGCCUCUGCUUCGGGGUUUCUUAAAUGUGAAAUCAGUGCUCUUGCUUAUACAUAUUCUGUUAUCGAAUUCCACAAAUAGAGAGGAAAAAGAAAAAAGAAGCAAUAAUUGAUAUCGUGGGAGGAAAUUAUGAACUAUAAAUGUUUUUGUUCAAUGGUUUUUUACUUGUUUGUAUAAUAAAGAUUUACUUUUCAU